UCUUUUCCUAAUUUAUUUCGUAGACUAUCCAAUUGUUCAUUUGCAGAUUAUAUAAAAUUAGUAGAAAAAGAGGUAUCAAAGGUGGAUGAAAUAGAAAUGGGUGAAACAGAGACAACUUUGGCCAAAGAAUUGAGAAUUAUUGGUCUUAAGUUUUUACCGUCUGGUCUCGGUUUUUUAUGA